GAGGGGGAGAGAGAGAUAGAGAGAGAACGGGAGAGAACGGGAGAGAGAGAUAGAGAGAGAGAGAGCAGGAGGAUCCAGUCUGGCUCCAGGAGCAGCAGCUGUCGGUGCGUAAUGACCUUUUGUCUCCCGGCGGUCAGGUGCGGAGCAGCGGGGGGGCGGAGAUUCACAGGGAGCCGCUGUUAAAUCCGACUGGUCCCGCGACGUCCCGCACAACAAAUGUGCGUGAGAGAGUGAUGUAGGUUUUUUUUCUUCUUUUCUCUUCCCGGUGCACGGCCGCAGUCAGCAGCCGGCUCCAAUGCUCCCAUAGCGGCUCCGAGAGGACAGAGAGACGCGCUCCUCUUCCCGGUUCGGUUUUUUUUUUCCUGACAGAAGCAUGGGAGAGUCCUGCUGACACCACGGAGAGAUACACGCUGAGACCGAGUAUGGCCGUGGACGCGGCGUCCAGCUUCAGUUUUUGCCGUGCCUCCCUGGAGCACACGCUGUCUGCUGAGGAGCUGAGCUACCAGCUGCCGCGUCGCGCCGGAGGCAGCAACCUGACCUGGCACGACGGCCGCGGCCAGAAGACGGCACACACACGCACCGUCAAGCUACUGCAGCAGCCCGGCACAGAAGGCAUCCAGCUGCGUCCGGGUGAAGCCUUCACUGUGUAUCACACCAGUCCGACACUCUCCAGUCUGUCCAAACCUGUGGUGCUGUGGACUCAGCAGGACGUCUGCAAGUGGCUUAAGAAACACUGUCCUCACAACUACCUAACCUACGUAGAGGCCUUCUCUCAUCACGCCAUCACAGGACGGGCUUUGCUGCGUUUGAACGGCGAAAAGCUUGAGAGGAUGGGGAUCGUGCAGGAGACGCUGAGGCAGGAGGUCCUCCAACAAGUCCUCCAGCUGCAGGUCAGAGAAGAGGUCCGCAACCUGCAGCUCCUGAGCAGAACCUCCUUUGGAAACUUCUCUUAGCUCAUCCCUGGAUCCAUUUGGCAGCCCUCUCCCCCAUCCCAUGUCACAGUAGGAGCCAUGGAAGAGCUACCGUCUUCAGAUAUGUGAGCGGAGAAUCAAUGAGUGAACGGGGGGGGGGGACAGGACAAGCCUCACAGACGACAUGCCAGCCAGUCUGGAGGAUUCUCAUUCAACACAGCCAAUCUGGUUUACAGACACUGACACAGAGACAAAGCCUUAAAGCUCCAGGCCGAGGUACUCCACUGUAACAUAGUGAUAAUAUGUAAGAUUCACAACCCUAGAGAUGAUGUAGACCUGUCACUGGUAUGUGCCUGAUCACGGCAAAUCUCCUUUUGGUUUCUUGCCUCAGUCGGACUGGACUGAUUGGGCGAUUUAAUCAGAAACCUGGUGAAUGCGUGCAGGUUUAUUUUUGACACAUGCACAAGGAGGAUUCACAAUUUUUGGUUCACUUUCUCUCCCGGUUAAGGUUAUUAUUAUGAAUAAUUAUUUAGUAUGAGUUCAAGUCUGUGAACCCAGGGAAGCUUAAACAUGUAGAUGACUCUUUGAAUCACACACAUACACAUGCAGUGCCACCGCUGGACCACUGGAUCGAUCUCCGUGGAGCCUGUUCAGAAGAAAUUACAGCUGGUCUUAAAUGGAUUGGAGUGAUGCCGGUCUAAUCAAGUCCUCGGCCACUGCUCACGCUACAUUUUCUCCUCAGGACUUUAGUUUUGGAACUGUGGGUUCAGAGGGAUCAACAAUAACGCUUGAAGCUGAAUGUCAUUCCCACAAUCAAUCUUUUUGUAUUGUGACUGAUCUGCUGUCAGUGAGAAGUUUAGAAAUAUACACACAUAUAUAUACAGUAUGAGCGUUGUAGAAUAACAUAGAAUUCAAUCUGUGUAUGUAACAGUAGUCUUUUGUUAAUGAAAUCGAUCCAGAGGGCACAGAGCUAAUGUGAUAAUCACUGACUAUCGACGCUUGACAAAGCAAUAAUUUCAAUCCUUAAAGGAGAAGCACUGUCUUGGAUAAAUAUCAAGGAAACCUUUUUUUACACCGUUGGGAUGGAGUCUGCUGAGGGAAACGUAUACUGUAGAUUUGCUCCUGUUACAGUGGUAGCAUUUGCCAACCUCAAAGCUUCUGUCUUCUCUGUGUGCUGUACUGUGUAUGUCAUCUGUCACACACAGAUAUGUGGAGAGAAGGGACGAGCCUCUGUUGUGUUCCUCCUGGUUUCCGUCCCUGAUGUGACACUGUGAUUUUCAAAUGCUCCGAAAUCAAGACACUGUGACAGUGACGCAGUUUCCCAGCGGGACUGAAUUGAGCACCUGAGAUGUCACCCCCGACAGCAGCAGACAGCUAUCUACGAUGACAAAGUUAAAGUCACAUAAAUAAAUGAAUAAAUGCGUACAUACAUAAUAAACUCCCAACCCCCCCCCCAGCAUCCUCCUGUCUCUCCUUUGAAGAGGAAUCUUUGGCUAAAGUGAGUAAGUGACUGUUAGAAGGAGUAAAACACAUGUUUUUGGAUUAUCUGACGUACUGUAUAUACACACUUUCAGUUUAUUUAGUCAAAUGAUUGAUGAACUGUUUGAAAUGCAAAAAAAAGAAUGAAAAAUAUUUAUUUGCUUUACAGAUAUGAAGACAUGUGGUAUGGAAUAUGAUGAAAGUUGUCUUUUUAGAAUAAACUAAUUGAGAUUAAGCUUU